AUGCAGUACACGCUGGUGGAAGCCGGUUCGCUGACACGACAGCAGGAAAGGUACCCGAAACUACAACACCAGCAAAUAGUGAAGCAUCUACAACAACAGCAGCUAACGGUGGAACAGGUCCAACUAAAACAACUAAAAAAGGGAGAACCACUAGAAGAAGAAGAACUACGCGACGAAGAAGAAGGACCACACGAAGAAGACGUACAACACGAAGACUUAUUAUCAGGAGAAGAACAAGACGGCCAAAUGGCGCUGACACGACAGCAGGAAAGGUACCCGAAACUACAACACCAGCAAAUAGUGAAGCAUCUACAACAACAGCAGCUAACGGUGGAACAGGUCCAACUAAAACAACUAAAAAAGGGAGAACCACUAGAAGAAGAAGAACUACGCGACGAAGAAGAAGGACCACAGGAAGAAGACGUACAACACGAAGACUUAUUAUCAGGAGAAGAACAAGACGGCCAAAUGGCGGUAGAGGCGGUAGACGUGUGGUCAGGAGACGUAGAAUCGUCCAAGGCUAAAGAUGUUAUUUAA